UUAAAUCAAUAAAACAGAAAAAUACCAAAAACAUCGCAAUAAUCUUGUAAUUACGCGCUACUUUCUGUAUAUUUUUUGGGGGAUUUUGGCUUUUAUUAUCACUGAUUCGGAUUCGUUUAUUUAUUUAUUUUGAGCCGCGAGUGUUUUUUUAAUGAAUUAUCAACGGACGCAAUUGAUUGCUUUUUAGAGCAAAACUAAUUGCUUGUGUACAAUACGAUGAAGAGAACGUCGUCCACCCAACCAUCACCAUCAAUCAACAUAAAACAUACCCGCGCCAAUGGCGAAUAUCAAUCGCGAAUGUUUUACAACGAACUGAUCAGAACCAAUGGAAUGUUUACGAUUCCCGAUCGCAUUCUGCGCCAUUCGAAGAAUAUCAAACCAAAAUGCAGUCGAGUGUCGAAAUCGAAGAAACCAAGCGGAAGUUAUACGGAAAUGCGGAAACGACGCGAAGAAUUUCGAAAGAAAUUGGUUGCGUUGAUAAUGACUGAUGGACCGGAUGGUGAUGAUGAUGAGUUUCCGAAUUCUAGCGAGCGACAGUUGCUCAAGUACUAUCACUACAUUCGCCAUGGAAUCGAUACAGUUCAUGUGGCACCGAUGCACAAGAAAAUAAUCGUCAAGAUUUUCAAACUCAUUCCAAAAAAACUGAUGAAAUACUCAGAAUUGGCCGAUUCGGUGGCAGUCGAAGUGAAAGAUGAAUAUACGCUAGCUGUGAAGAAGGCCGUUGUCGAUUUUGUGUUGGGCGAUUCGUUGCAUAAACCAAACAUUCUUGUCGAUAAUCCGUCAUCGGAACGAUUGCACCUGAGAUCGAUAGCUGUUAAAUAUAAACACAGAUUCAACCAGAACAGAGAAUUAAUUCAUCAAAAUUUGUAUUGUGUGAAUCCGACAGUUGCCCAGAUUCAUCAAUUGUGGGACUCAUAUUCGAAUGUAAAUUUAAUUUCAAUCGAAGAAUUGACUGAACACAGAGGAGCUUAUGAUCUGUUUGAUUUUACGAAAACUCUAACAUCUCAAAUACAAAUCACUCACAAACAACUCAUGGACGAAUGGUACGGAACAAUCAAAGAUAUUUUGCUCAGAGGAAUAAAGCGGAAACAUGUGCCGAAUGCAAGUACGAGACCGAGGGCAGCUAAAAAGUUUAUGUCGUCAGUGGCUGCUUUAAUGACACAAAAUUUAUCGGACAUUGCCAUACGAAGCUUAGUGAGCUUCACCAACUUUCUGUGCGAUUACCGCAACACAAAUGCAGCCAUAAAAUUGACUGUACUUCUACAAGACGAGGACACGCUCAUAUUCACACCGAAUUUUAACAAAAUUCAGCACGAAAUUCUACGUAUGGUUGACGGUAUUGUACGGUCUGUACAAACUUUUGCCAGGGUUGAUUCGAUCGUCAUUCCUGACCUGACUGGCAAUGCUGAAUUGCUUAAGCCGGCAAUUCCGAAGGAUAUCAUUGACGACUGUCGUUAUCGGAUACAAAAUUUAUUGGAAGAACAACGAAUCGGCCCAGAGCUUCGUUUGCAAGACUUUGACAAUUAUAUCAGUCUGAUGAACGGUCAAGAUGCUGAAAAGAUAUUCCGAUUUAUGAAGGCAGACCGUCCGUUCAAAGAGUACUGUAGCUUAGUUGAGGAGUACCACGACAUCGAAAUGGAGAUAUCGAUGAACGUGUGGGGUGUAAUAUCGAUGGGUUUCUAUGAAUUCCAUAGAACUGGGCUAAUUACGACGCUGGAGAUGCUGGCGCGUUAUAUGCAAACCGAACUGUUGAAAAAAAUGGUCGGCGAUCAACAGAACGGCAUGGCUCAAUUACAAGCGGAAUAUGAGGAAAUUUGCGAAAAUUCGUUGAGUAUACCUGAGGAUACGGCUAAAUUGAUGGAGUCCAUAGCCUAUGUACUGAAAACCGAGGCCGAAGUGAUUCCUGUCAUGGAGGAUCGAUUGCGAGACAAUUUGUCCCACUUUCUGUGGCUGAUGGAUCACACGUUAUACACGCCACUGGAAGUCAAGCAAAACAGCGUCACGUUCCAAUUUUGCUUGAAGAUGCCAUCGGUAUUCAAACAGAAUCGGGAAAUUAUCGACAACAAAAAAAUCGAGUACCAAGAACGGCUGAAACGGCUAAUCGAACAAUUCCGUCGAGAUCUGGAGAGAUAUCGCGAAAAGGUUAAAGAGUACGAAACCUAUGGCGACAUUGCUCUCCUAGCCAAGUACCGAGAUCAGGCUACAGUUUUGGAUAAAAAUUUAGUCGAUGCAAUGGAUAAGAUCGAUCGAAUCAACGAAGAGGAAACGGCAUACGACUGGGAGACGUCACAAUAUCCGACGAGGAAGGAAACUCAUGAUCUACUAACGCCGUUCAAGAAAUUAUUCGAUGCUGGCCAAGGUUUCAUAGAACAUCGCAAUUUGUGGUUAAAUUCACAGGUCGGCCAUUUUGAUCCGGAAGAGAUAGAGGCGGAGAUCGGGACUACGUACCGAAAUGUCUUGAAGUUGGAUAGAGGUUUCAGUGAUAAGCCAGUGACGAAGAAACUGUGUGAAGAAAUCAAAACCGUUAUUGACGAUUUCAAGGUGCAUAUGCCAAUUAUACAAACGCUUGGAAAUCCAGGAAUGAAAGGACGACAUUGGGAACAAAUCUCCGAAAUUGUCGGCUUUCCGAUUAAAGUGUCUGCCGAACUUACAUUGGAGAAAAUCAUCGAAUUCGGCUUGGAGGACUACAUUGCGAGAUUCCAAGUGAUUUCCGACAGUGCCAGCAAGGAGAAUAGCCUGGAAACGGCAAUGAUGAAAAUGGUCGAAGAGUGGCAGGACAUUUCAUUUGGUGUUGUUCCGUACCGGGAUACCGGAACAUACAUUUUACAAUCGGUGGAUGACAUUCAAGUGUUGCUGGACGAUCACAUCAUCAAGACUCAAACAAUGAAGAAUUCCCCGUACAUUACCCCAUUCAAAACGGAGAUGUUAGAGUGGGAAGGUAAGCUCGUUCUACUGCAAGACAUAUUAGACAAUUGGCUUCGCGUCCAAGCGACCUGGAUGUAUUUGGAACCUAUAUUCUCCAGUCCAGACAUUCAACAGCAGAUGCCGGAAGAGGGACGCCGUUUCAGUGCUGUCGAUAAAAUUUGGAAGGAACUCAUGAAAGUGGUGAAUGCUGACCCAGCCGUUAUGUCUGUGGUGGAGAUCGAGAAAAUGUCCGAAAAAUUGAAGAAAGCGUUCAAUUUGUUGGAAGUGAUCCAGAAAGGUUUGAACGCAUAUUUAGAGAAGAAACGACUCUAUUUCCCGCGAUUUUUCUUCUUGUCGAACGAUGAGCUGCUGGAAAUACUGUCCGAAACUAAGGAUCCCAAGCGAGUGCAACCGCAUUUGAAGAAGUGUUUCGAAGGCAUUGCGACAUUGAAUUUUACUGAGACACUGGAUGUGAACACGAUGCGCAGUAGCGAGGGCGAAGAAAUUGAAUUAGUCGAAACAAUAUCGACGGCCAAAGCGAAAGGACAAGUGGAAAAGUGGCUCUUCGAAUUGGAAGGCAUCAUGAAGAAGAGUGUUCAUCGCAAAGUGAAGGAAUCGCUCGAAAGUUAUCCGGACGUUGAACGACAUAAAUGGGUUCUAAUGUGGCCAGGACAAUGCGUGCAAAGUAUUUCUCUCACUUACUGGACGUCCGAAAUAACCGACUGUUUGUUGUCGAAUGCACCCAAUAACAAUCUGAAAGGCUAUCUGGUGAGGUGCGUCGAUCAAAUUUCCAAGAUCGUAGAUCUGGUACGAGGACGAUUGUCCACUCAAAAUCGGAUUACUCUUGGCGCACUGGUUGUAUUGGAUGUUCAUGCACGGGACACUUUAGCUGAAUUGAUCGAUUAUAAUGUUGAAAAAUCGAAUGAUUUUCGGUGGUUGAGUCAACUUCGAUACUACUGGACUGAGAUGAAUUUAGUGACGAAGAUGAUUAAUUCGACACUGAAUUAUGGCUAUGAAUAUCUUGGUAACACGACUCGCCUGGUUAUAACACCGCUAACGGACAGAUGUUAUCGAACUCUUUUCGGAGCUUUGCAUCUUCAUUUAGGUGGUGCACCCGAAGGUCCUGCCGGUACCGGAAAAACGGAAACUACGAAAGAUUUAGCGAAAGCGGUGGCCAAGCAAUGUGUCGUCUUCAAUUGUUCCGACGGAUUGGAUUACAUUGCACUGGGAAAGUUUUUCAAAGGUCUCGCAUCAUGCGGUGCCUGGUCGUGUUUCGAUGAAUUUAACCGUAUCGAUCUGGAGGUGUUGUCAGUGGUGGCACAGCAAAUUUUGACUAUCCAACGUGGCAUCAAUUCCGGAUCACCGACGUUAAUGUUUGAAGGGACUGUGCUACAACUGGAUCCCACAUGCGCUACGUUCAUUACAAUGAAUCCGGGCUACGCGGGACGAUCAGAGCUGCCCGAUAAUUUGAAGGCUUUGUUCAGAUCAGUGGCUAUGAUGGUGCCCGAUUAUGCAUUAAUCGCUGAAAUCGAAUUGUACUCCUUCGGUUACUUGAACGCCAAACCGUUAGCCAUAAAAAUAGUGGCCACGUACCGACUGUGCUCGGAACAGUUGAGUACACAGCCUCAUUAUGAUUAUGGUAUGCGUGCCGUAAAGUCUGUAUUGAAGGCAGCCGGAGCGUUGAAACUUCGGUAUCCGAAUGAAAUGGAGGACAUUAUCGUACUGAGAUCCAUUAAAGACGUCAAUAAAGCGAAAUUCUUGAGCCAGGAUGUGCCGUUGUUUGCCGGAAUCACAAGUGAUCUAUUUCCCGGCGUUAAUCUACCAGAGCCAGACUAUGUUGUUUUCAAUCAAGCGUGCCGAGAUGUCUGCGUAGCGAGCAACAAGCAGUGUACGGAUUUCUUCUUGGAAAAGCUGCAACAACUCUACGAAAUGAUUGUCGUGAGACACGGGCUUAUGAUCACCGGUUAUCCGUUCGGUGGUAAGACAACUGCGUAUCGAGUUUUGGCCGAAGCACUGGCACUCGUGGAAGAGCGUGGUGGAAUGGAUGAACACAGGGCAAUAUUUACGGUAAUCAAUCCGAAGGCCAUAACGAUGGGUCAGUUGUAUGGCCAAUUCGAUCCGAUUUCUCAUGAAUGGAGCGAUGGAAUUUUGGCUAUAAGCUACCGACAGUUUGCCAUCUCAACGACAUUGGAUAGAAAGUGGCUUAUAUUCGAUGGACCUGUGGAUGCGGUGUGGAUAGAGAAUAUGAACACCGUUCUUGACGACAACAAGAAGCUUUGUUUGAUGUCAGGUGAAAUCAUUCAAUUGGCGAACACAACCAAUCUGAUAUUCGAACCCAUGGACUUGGAAGCUGCGUCUCCAGCCACAGUUUCUCGCUGCGGUAUGAUAUACAUGGAACCAGCAUCGCUCGGUUGGGAACCGUUACUAACGUCUUGGAAAAAUACACUUCCGGCAACGAUUCGUGACUUUGACAAGAAGGUCAUCACCGACCUGUUUAUGCGAUUUUGUCCGAUUUUAUUGUACUUCAUUCGGAAGGGAGGAGUGGUUGAAAUGGCAACGACAUCCGAUUCGAAUCUGAUAAAUUCUCUGUUGAAUUUGUUCGAUUGUUUCAUGGAUGAUUACAAGGACGAGAAAUACGUUGCGACUUUGGUGAAUUUAGACAUCAGGGCUCGGCUAGAAGGAGUGUUCUUCUUCUCUUGCAUAUGGGCAUUGGGAGGACCAUUAAAUGAAGAAAGUCGCAAAAAAUUCUCCGAAUUAUUCCAUGCUCUGCUGAGCAAAGACAUUCCUGACGAAGUGUACGAAACAUUCCACAUUCCCGACCAUCUUCGAGUGGAAAAUUUGAAGAAGCCGUUCAUAUUCACCAUCCCAAAGAAUGGAACCGUUUUCGACUAUCGUUACCUGAAAGAAGGCAAAGGAAAGUGGAGAUUAUGGUCGGAUGAAGUAGCUUCGGCUCCUGCCCUACCGCGAGAUAUACCAGUGAAUCAGAUCAUCAUAACAACAGCCGAGACCAUUCGUAUAACGGCAUUGCUGGACCUACUUUUAACGCAUGGAAAACCACUGAUGCUCGUCGGUCCAACGGGUACCGGAAAGUCUGUGUAUACCAUGCAGUAUCUGCUGAAGGGAAUCGACACUGCCCUGUACACUCAGCUAUUUAUGAAUUUUUCGGCACAGACAACGGCUAACCAAACCCAGGACAUUAUUAUGGGCAAAUUGGAUAAACGGAGGAAAGGUGUCUACGGACCACCAGUCGGCAAGAAAUGCAUUAUAUUUGUGGAUGAUGUGUCCAUGCCAUUGAAAGAAACCUAUGGAGCACAGCCUCCAAUCGAGUUGCUUCGUAUGUGGCUGGACCAUUGGAUUUGGUAUGAUCGAAAAGAGGUGACAGCGCUAAAGCUGAUCGAUAUCCAGAUUGUAGCGGCAAUGGGCCCUCCUUCGACCGGAAAUACGGUAACACCAAGAUUCGCACGCCACUUCAAUACGGUGAGCAUCGACGAAUUCAGCAGUGAAACAUUGGAAGCGAUUUUCAGCAAAAUUGUUCUGUGGCAUUUGGACGCGCGAGGCUUUUCCAAAGAAUUUGAUCCGUGUAUCGAGGAAAUCGUGUCGGCCACCCUGUACAUUUAUGUUGAAGCUCGUAAAAACCUAUUGCCAACCCCGUCAAAGUGUCACUACCUGUUCAAUUUGAGAGAUUUCUCGAGGGUCAUUCAAGGGGUACUUUUGUCGGUGCCAGAAGCAACGGAAGGAAUCGAUGCCAUGCGAAGACUGUGGGCGCAUGAAAUAUGCCGAGUGUAUGGAGAUCGUUUGGUGGAUGUAACGGAUAGGGAAUGGUUAUUCAACGCAAUUUGUUUAGUAGCGCAGAAUGAACUGCAUACGAGUGCCAAUGAAUUGUUUGCCAGAUUUAUCGAACCCGGCCGGCAGCUCCAGGAAAACGAUCUACGAAAAUUGAUGUACUGCGACUUCACGAAUCCCAAAGCGGACACCAAAAACUAUUUAGAAGUGCCCGACCUGGAAGAGUUGAGAAACGUCGUGGAAACGUAUCUGGUGGAGUUCAAUAACAUGUCAAAGAAACCGAUGAAUUUGGUCCUGUUCCGAUUUGCCAUUGAACAUUUAUCGAGGGUGUGUCGUGUUCUAAAACAACCCCGAAGUCAUGCACUGCUGAUUGGUGUGGGCGGUUCGGGAAAACAAUCGCUAACUCGACUGGCUGCACAUAUUGUUGACUAUCAGAUCUUUUUUGUCGAAAUAUCUAGGACAUACGGCACCAAUGAAUGGCAUGACGAUCUGAAGACUAUAAUGAAGCAAGUGUCUUCGUCUGACCUGCACGGUGUCUUUCUAUUCACUGACCUUCAGAUCAAAGAAGAAUCAUUUCUGGAGGACGUGAACAAUUUACUCAAUUCAGGCGAGGUUCCAAAUCUUUUCCCAAUGGAAGAGAAAUUGGAAAUAAUCGAAAAGAUGCGACAAAUCGAUCGACAGCGCGACAAAACCGUUCAAACCGAUGGAUCUCCAGCAUCUCUGUUCAAUUUCUUUGUUACAGUCAUACGGGAACAACUUCACAUCAUCCUAUGUAUGUCACCGAUCGGUGAUGCCUUCCGGAAUCGGGUCAGGAAAUUCCCUUCGAUCGUUAACUGUUGCACAAUUGAUUGGUUCCAGCCGUGGCCGCCAGAUGCUUUGUUGGCUGUUGCAACAAGAUUCUUCGCGGAAGAGGAUCUGACGACAUUGGAAAAAUCGGUAGCGAUAGAUAUGUGCAUGGAGUUCCAUACAUCAACGCAAACAUUGUCCGAUGAUUUCUAUCUCCGUUUGAAGCGACAAAACUACGUCACUCCAACCUCCUAUUUGGAACUAAUUUUUACGUUCAAAGAUCUGUUAAGGACAAAACGAACCGCAAUAUUAAAGAGUAAAGAGCGCUAUUUGGUUGGAUUGCAACAACUCGAUUCGGCAGCGCAGCAAGUGGCAAUCAUGCAAGAUAAAUUGGAGAAAUUGGAGCCACAACUCAAAGUAGCUUCGGAUAAUGUUGCCAUUCAAGUGACGCAGGUACAGGCUGCAUUCGAUGUGGCCGAAGUUCAGCGGCAAAAUGUUAAGAAAGACGAAGCCGUCGCUAUGGCAGAAAAGGAUAAAGCAAGCGAAAUUGCAGCAAAUUGUACGAUCAUAAUGGCCGAUGCUUUACCGUUGAUUCAAGAAGCGGAAGCUGCAUUGAACACACUGUCGAGUGGAGACAUUGCCAUUUUGAAGUCGUUCAAAAGUCCUCCAGCUGCAAUUAAAAUAAUUGGCGAAGCCAUUUGCAUUCUGAAGGAAACAAAACCGGAAAAGAUUCCCAAUCCGAGUGGCGUGGGCACGAUUGAAGACUAUUUCACAGCAUUCAAGAAACUCGUGAACGAUAUCAAGUUCCUGGACAGUUUGAUUAAAUUCGAUAAGGACAACGUUCAGGCGCCGAUUAUCAAAAAACUGCAAGACCGAGUACUGACCAACGAAUAUUUCGAUCCGGAGAAAAUGAAAACCGUUGCGUCAGCAGCUGAAGGCCUGUGUAAAUGGGUACUGGCCAUUGUGCAGUACGAUAAAGUCGCCAAAAUAGUCGCACCCAAACGAAUCGCAUUAAAGGAGGCAGAAGAUGCCAGAGAUGCUGCGACAGCAAUUUUAAAUUUGAAAUUAGAAGAAUUGGCCGUUGUUGAGAACAGUCUUGCUGAGCUGAACAGACAGCUUAACGAACAGAAAGAGGCGCUGGAAGUCCUUAAGGGUGACCAAGACUUGUGCGCUAGAAAACUUCAGAGAGCAACGGACAUAAUUACUGGUUUAGGUGGUGAAAAGCAGCGGUGGACCGACACAGCAGCCAACCUUGGAGUAGUGUACGACACGCUAACUGGUGACGUCUUGAUUGCCUCGGGUGUGGUGGCAUAUUUGGGACCAUUUACUGCAAGCUUCCGUAGCGCACAGAUCAGUGAAUGGGCACAUAAAUGUAACAGUUUGGGAAUUGUGUGUAAUACCGAAUUCAAUCUCGAAAAAGUUCUGGGCGAUCCGGUUACCAUUCGUGCUUGGAAUAUUUUCGGACUGCCCAACGACUCAUUUUCCAUCGAAAGCGCAAUCAUUUUGUCAAAUGCGCGCCGUUGGCCGUUGAUGAUCGAUCCGCAGGGUCAGGCCAAUAAAUGGACAAAAAACUUGGAAAAGGAAAACCGUCUUUGCAUCAUACGAUUGAACCAGCCGGACUAUACGCGAGUGCUGGAGAACGCUAUCCAAUUUGGGCUGCCAGUUUUGUUGGAAAAUAUUGGCGAAGAAUUGGAUCCGUUGCUGGAACCAGUUUUGCUGAAACAGAUUUUCCGACAAGCUGGAGCUAUGUGCAUAAAAUUGGGAGAUGCUAUCAUCGAAUACAACAACAAUUUCAGAUUUUAUAUAACAACAAAACUGAGGAAUCCACACUAUCUCCCUGAAGUGUCCGUGAAAGUGACGCUAUUAAACUUUGUUACGACCAUUCCGGGACUCCAAGAUCAAUUGCUGUCGACAACGGUUGCAAGAGAAAGGCCGGAUCUGGAGGCCGAGAAGAACACAUUGAUUGUUCAAGGAGCCGCCAAUAAAAAACAACUUCAGGAGAUCGAAGACCAAAUUCUGGAAGUUUUGUCCGGCGAAGGAAACAUUCUUGAAGACGAAACUGCCGUCCAAAUACUCGGUUCAUCUAAGCUAGUUGCCAAUGACAUAAUCGAAAAACAAACCGUUGCCGAAGUGACCGAGAAACAGAUUGACGUGGCCCGGUUAGCGUACACUCCAAUUGCAAAGCAUGCGACAACUCUAUUUUUCACGACCGCUGAUCUGACCAACAUCGAUCCCAUGUAUCAGUACAGUUUGACAUGGUUCAUCGGGCUGUUUACAGCUGCAAUCGAUAAUACCGAUAAAGUGGAUGAUGUUGAGCAGCGAUUGCAGGACUUGACGAAGUAUUUCACGUACAGUUUAUACGUUAACAUUUGCCGAAGUUUAUUUGAAAGGGACAAGCUUCUGUUCUCGUUAAUUUUGGCCAUCAACUUAAAGAGAAGCGAAGGUCAACUAGACCACAAGGAAUGGAUGUUUUUGCUAACUGGAGGAGUCGGUUUAGAGAAUAAUAUUCCGAUUCCAGCUGACUGGAUACCUGUAAGAUGUUGGGAUGAGGUGGUUCGUCUAUCGGACUAUGCGAAUUUCAAAGGACUCUACAAACACAUCACCGACAAUCUCUCCCAAUGGAAAGACUAUUUCGAUUCAAAAGAACCGCAAAAUGCACGACUACCUGAUCCAUGGCACUCGAAACUGUCUCGUUUCCAAACAUUGAUCAUUUUAAGGUGCUUCCGGUCCGAUAAACUUGUGCCGGCUGUUCAGAAUUAUGUUGAUGAACAACUCGGAAAGGAAUACGUCGAACCGCCACCAUUUGAUUUAAAUGCAUCGUACGCCGAUUCACACUGUUGCAUUCCUCUCAUUUUUGUGCUUACGCCAGGUGCCGAUCCCACGUCGGCUUUAUUGAAAUUUGCAGACGAUCACGGAUUUGGCAGUAGACUUUCGUCAUUGUCGUUAGGUCAAGGUCAAGGACCAAUUGCUGUUAAAAUGAUCGACGAGGCUAUCAAAAUUGGCAGUUGGGUUGUGCUGCAAAAUUGUCAUUUAGCACAAAGCUGGAUGUCGACGCUAGAACGCAUAUGCGAGUCGCUUUCAUCCGACACAACUCAUCCCGACUUUCGAUUAUGGCUGACAUCCUAUCCAGCCGAACAUUUCCCCGUGGUAGUCCUACAAAAUGGCAUCAAAAUGACCAAUGAACCACCGAAAGGUCUACGGUCGAACAUCACCCGAUCCUAUCUCAGCGAUCCGAUUUGCGAUCCCGAAUUCUUUGAGUCGUGCAAACAAUCGCCAAUUUUCAAACGAAUGCUGUACGCACUGUGCUUCUUCCACGGUAUCGUGCAAGAACGGCGAAAUUACGGUCCCAUCGGUUGGAAUAUUUUGUACGAAUUCAAUGAGACGGACUUGCGUAUCAGUGUGACACAGUUGAUGAUGUUUCUGAACGAGUAUGCGGAAGUGCAAUUCGAGGCGUUACGGUAUCUGACCGGAGAAUGUAAUUACGGCGGUCGCGUUACCGAUGAUUGGGAUCGAAGGUGUCUGAAUACCAUUUUGAAUCGCUUCUAUACCUCUGAGCUGUUGGAGAAGGGAGAGGAAUAUUUGUUCGAUUCGUCCGGAGCUUACUAUGCCCCAGCACGAAAGGAGUACGAUGCAUAUUUGAUUUACACGAAAGCGCUGCCGUUACUGACGAAACCGGGUGUCUUUGGACUUCAUGACAAUGCGGAUAUUACGAAAGAUCAGCAGGAAACUGACACAUUGUUGACGUACACGCUUAAGACUCAGGCGACAUCUGGUGACACUGACGCUCAAACAUCGGAAAAACUGGUACUCGAUGUAGCGAGAGAUAUUCUGGACCGGUUACCGAAACCGUUUGACCGUGAUGAAGCAUUGAGAAAAUAUCCGACACUCUACCAUCAGAGUAUGAACACCGUACUUGUACAGGAAAUGGUUCGUUUCAACGAUUUAUUGCAUUGCAUCGAGUCCAGUUUAAUUGUUGUGGAAAAGGCAAUCAAAGGUCUUGUCGUGAUGCCACUGGAAAUCGAAGAGGUUGUCAACUCCAUUUUAACUUCAAAAAUUCCCAAACUGUGGAUGAAAAAGUCCUAUCCGAGUUUGAAACCACUGGGAAGUUACAUUAACGACUUUUUGGCUCGACUGGAAUUUUUACAGAAAUGGUUCGAUGUCGGUCCACCGGUUACCUUCUGGCUAUCUGGAUUCUAUUUUACCCAGGCAUUCUUGACGGGCGCUCAACAGAACUUUGCGCGAAAGUAUGUCAUCCCCAUCGAUCUGUUAACCUUUGAUUACUUGGUGCAGCAGCAAGAUGAUGUGAAUAGUCCCCCCGACGACGGUGUCUAUGUCUAUGGAUUAUUCUUAGAAGGUGCGAGAUGGGAUCGGACUAAAGAAUGUUUGAACGAAGCCUUACCGAGAAUAUUAUACGACACUAUGCCACUGAUAUGGUUGACGCCUCUCAAACGGAGCGAUUUAAAGCAACGACACUCGUAUGUCUGUCCAGUAUACAAAACUGCGGAAAGACGCGGUACGCUAUCAACAACUGGUCACAGUACGAACUUUGUUGUUGCCAUGACCCUGAAUUGUGCCCCAGAAACAGAUCCAUCACACUGGACGCUCAGAGGAUGUGCCAUGUUGUGUCAGCUGAGUUCAUAAAAUUUAAUUUUAAAACUUUCUGUGUUUCCCGGUUGUGGGUGUGUUGUGUUUGUGUGGUUUGAAUUUCCAAUUUAUUUUCUAAAUUAAUUUUUUUCCUGGAAAAUUUUCAAUUAAAACAACGGAUU